GUCCGGCGACUGAUAUUAUGAAAGUAACGUUAGGAUUAGAUGAUAAUUAUUUAUUAUGCAGUUCAUGUCGAAAAAAAAGCUUCAGAGUUAGUGAAGCAACAAACAAAUGCUCGUAAUGAUCCUAGUGCUGAUGUAAGUGACCGUGAAGACAACUAUAGUGACAAUAAUGACAACAAUGAUCAGGCUGAUAAUGAUAGUAAUACAACUGCCACGGAUCUCCCAUUAUCCUUAUCAUUCCGUUCCAUGUCAUUUGAUAGCGAACCCGAAGCAUCACAAUCAAGCUCAGGAUCCCAAGUUAGCGCUGCAACUCAAUUACCCGUAAUAAACCAUGCAUUAGAAUUGUUAAAUCAAUCACCGAUUCCAUCGAAGAAAUUGAAUGAUAAUCAAUUUUUGAACAAUAAAAUAAAUCGGGUAUCCGACAGCUUGAAAAAAGUUUUGCUUUCUUCUUCAGAUGAAGAAUCGAUUGAUGACGAUGGUGAAAAUUUUCGCUCUCUAAUUAAAAUGUUGUAUGAUAAAUUCAACGAUAAAGAAACUGAUAAGUCUUUGAAUAUACAAAUUUUAAUAUUAUUACCUGUAAAAUGGAGUGAGAGACGUAUUUGUGAAACUAUGAAUACAUCAAGACAUUUGUCAAGAGUAGCAAAAAAUUUGGUUGAAGAAACGGGUUUACUUUCUACACCUGAAUCGAAAUUAGGGAGGACAAUUACUGAUCAGGUAAAAUUAAAAGUUGAAAAUUUUUACAACGAUGAUGAGUAUAGUGCUCAAAUGCCCGGUAUGAAAGACUUUGUAUCAAUUCGAAGUGAUGAUGGUAAUCGGAUACACGUCCAAAAAAGACUUAUCCUGUCUAACUUAAAAGAAUUAUACCAAUGUUUCUGUGAAAUAAAUCCUGCUGAGAGAAUUGGAUUUUCAAAAUUCGCUUCUUUGCGACCAAAACAUUGUGUGUUAGCAGGGGCAAGUGGAACACACACCAUCUGCGUGUGUACGAUUCAUCAAAACGUGAAGUUAAUGAUGCUUGGUGCAAAUAUUUAUUCUUUGACAAGGAACACAGAAAAGCCCAUUAAACACUACAGCGAUUACUUGAGCAUGAUUAUAUGUGAAAAUCCAUCUUUUCAGUGUUAUUUAGGUGGAUGUAAAAACUGUCCUGGGGUCGAUGAGUUGAGUAAAAUUUUACUAAAAUGUUUUGAGGACCGGGAAAUCGAGAAUAUUACAUAUAAAUAUUGGAUAUCAAAACCGAGAAGUAGUUUAGAAACUAUUAUUAAGCCUACAGAAGAAUUUGUGGAAAAAUUUUGUAGUGAGUUAGAAAUUCUUCUACCUCAUUCGUUCAUUGCUAAGGAGCAAGCCCAAUUCUUGAAGACAUUGAAAGAAACAUUGAAACCAAACGAAUACGUUAUUAUUUGUGAUUUUGCAGAAAAUUAUGCCUUCGUAGUACAAAAUGCGGCAGCUGGUUUUCACUGGAAUAAUAAUCAGGCAACAGUUUUUCCAGUCGUUAUUUAUUAUAAAAGUAAAUAA